AUGGCUGACGUCGCUGUCGAGAACCCUCUCAACUCCCUACCCCCUCAUAAGAAGCAGCUAGCCUCCAACAUUCCUAACGUUGAUCUUGAGGGCGUUGCCAACGACGAUAACGAUGAGUACUCGACACUGAAGAAACUACAAAGACACUUAGAGUACAUAAACCUGCAGGAAGAAUAUAUCAAGGAUGAGCAAAGAAGCCUUAAGAGGGAACUUGUCCGAGCACAAGAAGAAAUCAAGCGAAUACAGAGCGUCCCUCUCGUGAUCGGACAGUUCAUGGAAGCGAUUGACCAAAACACCGGAAUUGUGCAGUCAUCUACGGGCUCGAACUAUGUUGUCCGGAUCCUGUCGACCCUCGAUCGCGAAAAGCUCAAGCCUUCUUCUUCUGUCGCCCUCCACCGCCAUUCCAACUCACUUGUUGAUAUAUUACCGCCCGAAGCGGACUCCUCCAUAGCGAUGCUCGGCGCUCAUGAGAAGCCCGACGUGACCUACGGAGAUGUCGGAGGGCUCGAUAUGCAGAAGCAGGAGAUCAGAGAGGCAGUUGAGCUUCCUUUGACUCAGUUUGAUCUUUACAAGCAGAUAGGUAUUGAUCCACCCCGAGGUGUUCUGCUCUACGGGCCCCCAGGGACUGGUAAGACGAUGCUGGUCAAAGCUGUGGCAAACAGCACAACGGCAAACUUCAUUCGGGUGGUGGGCUCUGAAUUUGUGCAAAAAUAUCUUGGCGAAGGUCCGAGGAUGGUUCGUGAUGUCUUCCGCAUGGCCAGGGAAAAUUCCCCUGCCAUUAUCUUUAUUGAUGAGAUCGACGCAAUUGCUACAAAACGAUUCGAUGCUCAGACUGGUGCCGACAGGGAAGUACAGCGUAUUCUUCUGGAAUUGCUCAAUCAAAUGGACGGUUUUGAUCAAACCAGCAACGUCAAGGUCAUCAUGGCUACGAAUCGAGCGGAUACACUGGAUCCUGCCCUGUUGAGACCUGGUCGCCUUGACCGGAAGAUCGAGUUCCCCUCACUAAGAGAUCGAAGAGAACGUCGCUUGAUAUUCACCACUAUUGCUUCGAAAAUGUCACUUUCCCCUGAGGUCGAUCUUGACUCGCUGAUAAUUCGAAAUGAUCCAUUGUCAGGCGCUAUCAUUGCUGCCAUCAUGCAAGAGGCCGGCCUGAGAGCAGUAAGGAAGAACAGGUACAACAUCAUUCAAUCUGACCUGGAGGAUGCUUAUUCAAGUCAAGUGAAAGGAGAGUCAAGCGAUGUGAAAUUCGAUUUCUACAAAUAA